UGUCAUAUUUAAUUACAAUUACGUGUUUACAUAUGCCUAUAUUUUUUUAUUAAUUAAUAUAUCCAGCUAUUGUUCUCAAUCACUCCAUUAUACUCUCCAUUUUCAGCCAUUAUUGACUCAUAUACUCACACAAAAAAAGAAAAGAAAAAUAAAAACUCAUUUCUUACAUGCAAAUUUCUCGGAGUUUGAUCCGUUUUUUCCAGUCUAUUUAGAGGCAUGUUUUUUGUUUCUUGAAUUCCAAUUUAUAAUCAUUAUGGAAUAAAAGUAUUUGAUGUCAAAUUGCCAAGAUAAAUAUUAUCAAUUCAGUUUCUUGUACACAUCAAUAAGAAGAAAAAAGAGAAGGCGAUCUACAAUCAAGAGUGCCUGGUUUAGUUCCUGUCUAGCUGAGGAGUUGUUGCAAUAGAUGGAGGGGAAGCAGCAUUUGCAAAGCGUUAUCGCCAAGCUUAUGGGACUUGAAGAGCUUCCACCUAAGCUGCCUAUCCCUAGUAAUAAGAAAAUAAGAGUGCUCUCAGAGAGCUAUCUUCAGAAAACGGCUUCAAUAGGUUUACGAGAAAAGAGCUCAGUUUUAGUUGGCCGUUCCAACACACAGAAGCAGCAAGAAGUUGUAAAGGUAUUCGAAACUCACACCUAUAGCCAUGAAAAGUUAAGCCAAACUGCCGCCAAGGCCAAGAAGCAAAAGUAUACCGAUUCUUUUGUUAAGGAAUCUGAUGGUAUUUCUGGAGAUUUACUUUCUGAUAGUGGUGACUUACCAAGAUAUCUUCGGCAGGCAUAUGGAUUACCAACCAAGCGUUAUUGUCAGGUUUCUAGAUUGUGUUAUGACCCAGUUCAUUUAGCUGGUCCCAACAAUGUAAGCGUCAGCAAAAUAGCCAGUAUGUCUACCAGAACUACUGUUGGAGAUACUACGAGAUCACUUCCAAAUGGGCCAGUAGAUGAUGAGGAGGCAGAGGGAGAAGGUGUUGUUAAUAGUGUGGAGCCUCUAGGAAAUAGUUUUGGAGUUCCAAGGGCAAUUGCACAGAAAUCACCCCACUCUGUAUGGGACCAUAGUUGUAAACCUAUAGCUAGAGCAUUAAAGGUUAAUGAGUCUUUUCUCAAGGCUGUGGCACUGAAGCUACCUUCCUCAAGAGGAGAUGGUUCUCUUCAUUCCUUUGCAAACAAAGAAUCGAAGAAACAAAUCACUGAAGGAUGGAAACUGACGAGUGCUUGUCAAGAAAUUGAAGUAGGUCACACUCUUGGAGAAAUGCAUGAGUUGGAAACAAGGCCACAAUAUAUAGAUAACAAACAUAGCUUUCUGCGCAUUAGGGGAUCAGGGUCAUGUAGUCGUUUGUGUAUCAGUGGUCCAAAGUAUGAGUGUAGUAGGAGUUCACCACUUGAUUCUAGAGUAGCCUCUGGAAAUCCUAAAGACAGGAUCAGCAUUGAAGGAUCUAAAUAUGACUGGCAUCUGAGGAAAAAAGAAAUUGUUGAUUCUAGCCCUUGGAAGCUAAAGCAGAAAGCCGGUUUAGAAUGUAGAGACUUGAGUUCUGUGCUUGAUCAGUCAUCUGGUUCCAUUAGUGCUUGCAUAAGCUCAGCAUACGGCCAGCCUGAAAAGGAGAUUACGUUAGAGAAAGACAGUCUGUAUAGAGGCAGCAAACCACACUGCUCAAAUGCAAAUGCAGGAAACAUCACAAGUUCUUCCAGGAUCACUGACGAGCUCCAAUCUGAAAGUCAUUCAUAUAUAAAAGAUGGCAAUGCUUCUAUCAUUCCUGUUGGACAGGAAUCGUGGAAUGAAGCACAUGAAAUAGGAGCACUUUCUGCCAAACACACUACGGUUGACCGAAAAUCUCCUAAGAAUCCUAGAGAAACCAAUCAAGCUAGUCCAAAUUCAGUUCUGGAGCCACCUUUCAAGGAGGAGAAGCUCUGUGCCUCUGAAUUGAAUGAUAGACAUGCUGAUCUAUGCUAUGUUGCAAUGCAACUUGAGCUUCUUGAUACCAUCUCAGAAGAAACAUAUUCAGUGUCUCAAGGGAUGAUGUUUCUGAAAGAGCGUCUCUUGAUCUAUGUCGAGAGAAUAAGAAGAUAUUGAUAGACGUCAACACCGAAGAAAGUAGGGACUGUUCCUACCUUGUUGAUGUCUUAGAUGAGGUGAACUACAAUAUCUGGAAUUCUUCUGAAUGUCCUGUCAAUAACUCGGUGUUUGACAUGUUAGAGACGAAAUACGGGAAGCAAAAGUCUUGGCCAAAAUCAGAUAGGAAGCUUCUGUUUGACUGUAUAAAUUCAGGGUUGAGUGGGAUUCUGCAUUCAUUUAUGGAUAUUUACACGAUGGAAAAAUCUUUGAAAAGAAGGUGUCAUUUUAAGUUGCGGGGAAAUGAAGUUGAGGAAGAGUUGUGGAAGUUGCUGGUGAGUCCAAAAAAGGAAGUUUGCAAGGCCUUGUCUGAGAAAGCACUUGGGAAUGGGACAAGGUGGUUGAAAGUAGAGAAAGAAAUGGGGACCUUAUGUGCAGAGAUAGAAAGCUUUUUGUUUGAGGAGCUAGCUGCAGAAUUAGCUUAUUAUUGAGAAUAUAUAAAAUGGAUUUUUCACCUACAAGUUGUGGCAGAAAAUGUAGUGUUUUCAUCAACAGUUUUGACAUGAAAAUAUUAGUUGUGAUGUAUAUAUUAGUCUUGGUGACUUGAAAAGAAAUGAGAGAUUUGGCACUAUUCUGA